GUACAGGCUCCCUCUAAGGUUCACCUAGAAACACCUAUAACAAGCAAGAUUCAAAGCAAAUGCCAAGACGAGACCAAAGCCAUCUUCUCACUCUCGUCUCUGUCACACUCUUACAUGACAGUUGACCAGUGGCUAGCAGGAGUAAAUGAACCUGUGGAGUUGACACCAGAUGUAUUGCCAACUCACAAAAAGCCCAUGAGAGAGCGUCUUCCUCAGCACAUUCAGUCAGAGAAAAGAGAUCUGCAUCUAGUGGAAACUCCCCCUCCAAGGCCAAAGAAUCCAACUCCUGCCAGGGAAACACAGAGGAUGGAAGCUCCCCGUCCGAGGACCCCACCAGCCAGCCAAAGGAAGGCCAUCUCUGUGGAGGCUUGCAUUGUACCAUCCACCCCAAAUGAACCGCAGCUUUCAGAAUAUACCACUUCCCUGUUGUCUCUAAUUAACCGCAAACCUGUACAAGAACAAGAGGAGCCACAGGUGCCACGUGCAAGACAAUUGCAUGCUACAACACCAGAGGAACCAGGCCUGUCAACAUUCACUACCAAGUCACCAAGAGAGGAGAAAAAAGCAGAGAGAGUUUACACUCCAGAGGAGCCAGCACUUUCUUAUAGUGAGAAAAAGUUGGCAUUUGUGAAAGAUUUCAACAAAGAAAACUACACUCCAGAGGAACCUGUUCUCUCCUACAAGAAGCCUCAGAAUGAGAGUGAGAAUCACAAAGAUGAGAGAACUCCUGAGGAGCCUUUCCUCUCAUCUGCACACACUAAAUCUUACUCUCAGAGCAUGUCCAGCUUUCCUUGUGUUAAGAAUAGCUAUGCUGCAAGCCCUUCCUCACCACAACUCUCUAACAUCACCCAAUCAGUUCUAUCCUUUGUCCAAAAUCCAGUGCCUUCCCACAACUCUCAUAGACAGACAGAACAGUACCACAGUCACAGAAACCCUACAGAACCACGAAAGAGUGAAAUGCCCCGUCUUCCUUCCUAUCACAGAAGCAGCAGCCACCCAUACAACUCGGAGCCAGGCAGUUUUUCUCGUUCCAUGAUGGACACACUCGGCUAUCAAACAUCAUUUUCUGAACUGACUGGCAGUCAAGACGAAGCCCCAAAAAGUGCUAAACCAGCUUGGCAGAGGCCAGGAAUGGCUAUGGAGGAGUUCCUGAAGCAAGAUGAUGUUCCUGCUUCACCUCAGCUUUCUGACGUAACCCAACGGAUCUUUGGCCAGACUAGGAGGUGGUGAAUAUUUAGUUUCUCACUGAAAUAAUGCCUGAACAUGCAAAACAGAGAUAAAGAUUUUAACUUCUCUUUAUCAGUAUCACCAAUAAUGUUCCCAUAAUGGGAAAUUUGUAAACUAGUUAUCACUGGAUAAAUCACAUUGACAGAUAUCCCCUUCUCAUUCUUUCUGUUUAUUUGUUUUUCUUCAUACUCAUUGUAAAAUGUCAACAAAUUAAAACUUGUACCUUCAA